AUGAACACCAGCGAGAGUGUAGAGGUAAUUGAGCCCUUGCCUGGCACAGAGGAAGAGGACAAGGCCACGUCUUAUGACUGCAGUGUGUGUGGCCGUAGCUUCCCUUUCCAGAGCUCUCUAUCCCAGCACAUGAGGCGUCACACGGGCGCCCGUCCCUACAAGUGUCCCUACUGCCCCCACCGUGCCUCUCAAAAGGGCAACCUAAAGGUACACAUCCGCAGCCACAAACUGGAUACUCUCAUUAUCUCUGGUCAAGAAGGUGAGGGACAAGUUGAAGAUGGGUCAGGGGAAGUAGGUGUGUCUGAGGGCCUAGAAGGUGGGUGUAGUCCUACCAAGAGCAGUUCAGCGUGUAAUGGUGUGUUGAAUGGAGCAGAGAAGGGACGAAGCAAAGUCCUGGGGAGAAGUUUGAAGCGAGACAAGCAAAACAUGGAUGACAGGCCGUACCGUUGCCGGCUAUGUGGUUACGAGGCCCAACGAGAAGACCAGCUCUUCAGCCACAUUGAGAAGGUUCACAUCACUGCUGACACAGAAGAGGAGGCAUUGCUCACUCAAGACACAUGCGUAGAAGGAGAAGAGGAUUUUACCUGUGAGACUUGUGGCCAGGCAUUCUCCCAAGCUUGCUCCCUUAAGGCUCAUAUGAAGAAACAUGCGGUUGCGUUUGAGCACUGCUGUCGCAUUUGCGGGAGGUCCUUCAGGGAGGCCUGGUUCCUCAAGAGUCACAUGAAGACCCACAGCACCCUCAAGGCCUCUGGAAGGGGGAGGCCCAGAAGUGAAUCUGAGCCCCCAGCCACCAUCAAUGAUGUGGCCCAGGACCCUGAGAUCACUACCGUCAUUGGUGCAACAUGUCUCUACGAGCUUUGUUCAAAGUGUGGAAAUCUGUUCCACAGUAGGGAGAGUCUGAAAGCCCAUAGUAAGGUACACAAUUACAGUCAGAGUAAAGAUCUCCAAAAUUCCCCAAGCCACACCCAAGAGGAUGAUGACAAAUCCCCUGCUGCUAAGAGACGCCUCAUGGAAUGUCUUAGUCUCCAGCCUGCAGGGAGUGCUUCAGGGAAGGAACACACAAGUCGUCUCGGCCAGAGGAUCCCAGAACUGGACCCAGUAUGCAGUUACCAGGCUUGGCAGCUGCUUACUAAGGGUCGCAUAAUAGAAGCUAUGGAGAGUGGUUUGAAAUCCAUGAACUGGGAUGAAGGGUUAUCUGCUGACGGCAUUACCUUCAACCACAAUAGCAAUCACUAUGUGCUCAAGGGGCAGGAGAAACGUCCGAGUCGCCGUGGUAGCUCAGGAGGGGGAAGUCAUCACACCUCGCCUGGUGAUCACUCACCAGACAGUUUGAGUGACUCAGAGUACCGACCUUCAUCCAGACAGGAACGCCGCAGGUCCUCCCAGAGCAAGGCCACUGAGUGCUUUGAGUGUGGGAAGGUGUUCCGCAAUCGGAACCAGCUGACUGUGCACCUGCGCAUUCACCGCAGGGAUGGACGAGGUUCUGGGGGAGACUCCGGGUCUCCAAGCAGAUCCAACUCUCCGACAGGUGGUAUCAGCACAGCAGCAACAGAAUCUUCUGGGAACAGCACAGCUCAGAUGGGACGGCGUACAGCCACAGAUGAGAAGCCAUAUAUCUGCAGUCUGUGUGACUUUGUGGCUACUGAGUCCUCUGCAUUCCUUACACAUGUUCGUCACAUGCACCCAGACCCGAGUGCUUCCUCCCCUGCUAGGAAUGUCCACUCCAGUCCCAACCAUUGCUCAGAGAGGAGGAGUAGUUUCCCAAAGCUGAAAAGGGCUCUACUUCAUGGACCCAACCACACCAAGGCCUCCUACCCCAAGUUGGAGCAAGUUCCGUCAGCCCUAACUGUUCACACGCUGCCUGAGAAAACUCAGACAGAGCCUGAGACAGCUCAGGAACCCCCUAUGGACCUGUGUGUGCGUGCCGAUGGUCUACGAGUUGCCUCUACUGUACAAGAUGGCCUGCUCAGCCACAGAUGUUCCUAUUGCUCCCACUCAACUCGCUACCCUGAGCUGCUGUGGAUGCACCAGACAGUCUCCCACAGGAUCAACAGUAGUGCUUUAGCCCCGAAGUGGGCCCCCAAAAAGACUCUCAAAGGUUCAAAGGAAGGACUGUCAUCACAGAGACGCACAGGGCCCCCACCUGUGCUGGAUGGGAAAGAGUGCCCACCCCUCCCCUCCCAGGUGUCCUCUGCCCGCACACGGCCUCCUGUGGCUGGUGGCAGCACCCCCAAGAGGGACCGGACUUACAACAAGCCUGGAACUUCUUCAGCCACUGUGUCCCAAAGCUCCAAGCCUGCUAAAUCCAGCAUUAGGCCAAGAACAGAGGCCAAAGAGGAGCGACAACCUUCCCGCUCCAGGCCCAGAGUGGAGAUCUCCCCCAGAACCAUGUCCUCUGGAGCCCUGGAGAAGAGCACCAGAGGCCCACACCGCUCCACAGACAGCCCCAAGGCAGGAUCCCAACUGGGAGAGAGAUACCUGCUGCCUCAGGAGGGUCUAGGUUUCAUGCUGUCCAGCAAACAUGGCCUAUCUGAAUACAGCUUCACAAAAAGUACCUCCCCUGCAUUCACUCCUGCCAGGACCAAGCCAGCCAGCCAGCAGGAGGUGCCAGCUCAUAGCCGCAUUGCAGGGCAUGGUGGCUAUGGUACCUCCUGGCCACACAGGGGCACUGUGCAUGGCUCACCCUCUUCUUUGCUCACAGAGAUGAAGAAGGAGCCCUCAGCAGGUAUGCCUGACACGCCUAUGGACAUCCUGAGCUUCCUGAAGAACUGUAACUCCCCUGAUCUGGCAACCCUUUACCAGCGCUGGGGGGCAGCCAAUCCUCUACUGAAUCAAACAGCGAUGCUGAAGUCCCUGCCCUGGCAAGGAGAAUACACCUGCCAGGAAUGUGGGAAGAGUUUUAGCCAACCUAGCCACCUCCGCACACACAUGAGGUCACACACAGGGGAGAGGCCGUUCCUUUGCAGGCACUGCCCGUACAGAGCCUCUCAGAAAGGCAACCUGAAGACCCACGUCCAGAGCGUGCACCACCUCCCCUUCGACAACGCCUUGUAUCCCGACCACAGGACGAACGCAAGCAAGCUUGGCCCUGAGGACAACAACCCCGAGCGCAGCUCACCCAAGACCACCCAAACUCCCUGUUCUACACAACAGAAAAAUGAGAAAACCAUCCAAUGA